AUGCUGUCCCGGCCCAGCUUCGUCAUCCAGCCCCAGAACACGGAGGUGUUGGUGGGGGAGAGCGUGACGCUGGAGUGCAGCGCCACGGGCCAGCCGCAGCCCCGCGUCUCCUGGAAAGGGGACCGCACGCCGCUGCCCAACGACGCGCGCAUCAACAUCACGCCGUCCGGCGGCCUCUUCAUCCAGAACACGGUGCAGGAGGACGGCGGCCAGUACACCUGCUUCGCCUCCAACAACGUGGACACCAUCCACGCCGGCGCACACAUCAUCGUUCAGGCCGUCCCCCAGUUCACCGUCACCCCCCAGGACCAGUCUGCGCUGGAGGGCCACACGGUGGACUUCCCCUGCCAGGCCAGCGGCAACCCGCAGCCCGUCAUCGCCUGGACGCGGGGCAACAGCCCGCUGCCCCAGGACCGCCGGCACCAGGUGCUGUCCAGCGGCACGCUGCGCGUCUCCCGCGUGGCGGCCCACGACGAGGGCCAGUACGAGUGCCAGGCGGUCAGCCCCGUGGGCACCGCCCGCGCCGCGGCGCAGCUCAGCAUCCAGCAGAGGGUAACGCCUGUUUUCACAAAUGCUCCAAGGGACCUGACGGUGGAGUCUGGCCAGGACGCCCAGAUUCCCUGCAGCGCUCAGGGCCAACCUCAGCCCGUCCUCACCUGGAACAAGGAUGGGGUGCAGGUGACAGAGAGCGGCAAGUUCCACAUUAGUCCCGACGGCUUCCUGGAGGUCAAGGACGUGGGCACGGCCGACGCCGGCCGCUACGAGUGCGUGGCGCGCAACCCCAUCGGCUACCAGGCCGUCAGCAUGGUGCUCUCAGUCACAGUACCGGCAGUGAGCAGAGAGGGCGACACUUUCGUCAGCUCCUCCAUAGAGCAGGCCAUUCGCAACGUGGACAGCGCCAUAGAGUCCACGCGGAGACGCCUCUUCGAUGGGCAGCCCCGGACCCCGGGGGAGCUGCUGGCCCUGUUCCGCUACCCGCGGGACCCCUACACGGUGGGGCAGGCCCGGGCCGGGGAGAUCUUCGAGCAGACCCUGCUGCUCAUCCAGAACCACGUCAACCGCGGCCUCAUGGUGGACACCAACGGCACCGCGUUCCGGUACAACGACCUGGUCUCCCCCCACUUCCUGGAGGUGAUCGCCAACCUGUCGGGCUGCACGGCGCACCGGCGCUUCAACAACUGCUCCGACAUCUGCUUCCACCAGAAGUACCGCAGCCACGACGGCACCUGCAACAACCUGCAGCACCCCAUGUGGGGCGCCUCGCUCACCGCCUUCGAGCGGCUGCUCAAGUCGGUGUACGACAACGGCUUCAACCUGCCGCGCGGCGCCAGCGAGCGCGCGCACAACGGCUACCGCCUGCCGCUGCCCCGCCUGGUGUCCACCGCCAUGAUCGGCACGGAGACGGUCACGCCCGACGACCGCUACACGCACAUGCUGAUGCAGUGGGGCCAGUUCCUGGACCACGACAUGGACGCCACCGUGUCGGCCCUCAGCCAGUCGCGCUUCUCCGACGGCCAGCUGUGCACCACGGUGUGCACCAACGACCCGCCCUGCUUCCCCAUCCAGUUCCCGGCCAACGACCAGCGGCAGCUGCGCAGCGGCGCCCGCUGCAUGUUCUUCGUGCGCUCCAGCCCCGUGUGCGGCAGCGGCAUGACCUCGCUGCUCAUGAACAGCGUGUACCCGCGCGAGCAGAUCAACCAGCUCACCGCCUACGUGGACGCCUCCAACGUGUACGGCAACUCCCGCCACGAGUCGGACGAGAUCCGCGACCUGGCCAGCCAGCGGGGGCUGCUGCGGCAGGGCAUCAUCCAGCGCACGGGGAAGCCCCUGCUGCCGUUCGCCACGGGCCAGCGCACCGAGUGCAUGCGGGACGAGAACGAGAGCCCCAUCCCCUGCUUCCUGGCCGGGGACCACCGGGCCAACGAGCAGCUGGGGCUGACGGCCAUGCACACGGUGUGGUUCCGGGAGCACAACCGCGUGGCCACCGAGCUGCUGCGGCUCAACCCCCACUGGGACGGGGACACCAUCUACCACGAGGCCCGCAAGAUCGUGGGCGCCCAGAUGCAGCACAUCACCUACAGCCACUGGCUGCCCAAGGUCCUGGGCGAGGUGGGCAUGAAGCAGAUGGGCCAGUACGCGGGCUACAACCCCAACAUCAACGCCGGCAUCCUCAACUCCUUCGCCACCGCCUCCUUCCGCUUCGGCCACACGCUCAUCAACCCCAUCCUGUACCGGCUGGACCAGGACUUCCAGCCCAUCCCCCAGGGGCACAUCUCCCUGCACCGGGCCUUCUUCUCGCCCUUCCGCAUCGUCAACGAGGGCGGCAUCGACCCGCUCCUGCGCGGCCUCUUCGGCGCGGCGGGCAAGAUGCGCGUGUCCACGCAGCUGCUGAACACGGAGCUGACGGAGCGGCUGUUCUCCAUGGCGCACGCCGUGGCGCUGGACCUGGCCGCCAUGAACGUGCAGCGGGGGCGGGACCACGGCAUACCGCCGUACAACGACUACCGCACCUUCUGCAACCUGACGUCGGCGCAGAGCUUCGAGGACCUGCGGAACGAGAUCAAGAACCCCUCGGUGCGGGAGAAGCUGCAGAGGCUGUACGGCACCCCUCUGAACAUAGACCUGUUCCCGGCUCUGAUGGCGGAGGACCUGGUCCCGGGCAGCCGGCUGGGGCCCACCCUCAUGUGUCUGCUGUCGGCCCAGUUCAAACGGCUGAGGGACGGAGACAGGUUCUGGUAUGAGAACCCGGGCGUGUUCUCUCCGGCCCAGCUGACCCAGUUGAAGCAGGCGUCGCUGUCCCGCGUGCUGUGCGACAACGGCGACAACAUCACACAGAUCCAGCAGGACGUGUUCUCGGUGGCCGAGCUGCCCCACGGCUACGGCAGCUGCGACGACGUUCCCAAGAUGGACCUGCGCAUGUGGCAGGACUGCUGCGAAGACUGCCGAACCAAGGGCCAGUUCAACGCCCUGUCCUAUCACUUCAGAGGACGCAGGUCAGCUGACCACAGCUACACUGGGGAUAAACCAGACACGAGCGCCCAGGAGACCAGUCCAGAGGAUGGAACCAAAGAAAAUGCUGUGAACGUCACUUUGACCUCCAAGGCCAGCACUGAACCAACAGCCAACGACUUCCAAGACUUUGUCUCCGACAUGCAGAAGACAAUUACAAGUUUGCGCAAACAGAUUAAAAGACUUGAAACCCGUCUGAGCAAGACGGACUGCACUGACUCUGAGGGCCGCGCCCGGACAGACGGAGACCGCUGGAGGCAGGAGGCCUGCACCACGUGUGAAUGCAGAGACGCCCAGGUCACAUGCUUCGUGGAGUCCUGCCCGCCGGUGGCGUGCCAGAAGCCCGUCAAACUAAAGGGCGCCUGCUGCCCCGCGUGCCUCCAGAGCGAGGCUGCCGCGCCCGAGCAGCGGACGGACAGCCGCCACGCGUAAAACCCCCCGCCCCCCCCCAAAACCCAUCCUCUAACCCCCCCCCCCCCCCCCCCCACCACUGUCGCCCUCAGGACCUCCCCAGCCACGCCACACUCCAGCCCUGCGGUGGUCACCGUGGUGUCAGUUACACUCCCAAUCUUUCACACACACACAUACACAACCAUGCAGAGAACGAGACUCUCCAAGGCAACGCUCAGCCUUGGCCACCCACACCAGCUCCCCAACCACCCCGGUAUCAGUGUUUUAUAUUAUAUUGUUGUUGUUUUUGUUGUUGUUUUUACACAGAAUUUUUUUUUGUUUUGUUAUUAUUAUUAUUAUUAUUGUUGUUGUCGCUUUCUCUGAGACCAGCAGUCAGCCUGGUGCUUCCCGGCCGUCUCCUCUUCCUCCUCCUCCUCCUCCUCCUCCUCUGCCGGCGAUUUGAAACGGACUGAUAUUCCCGAAGCGGAUGGUGGGAUGCAGAACGGACAGAGCGAGUCUCUUCCUCCAAGUGUGACUAACACACGGUACACGACGGGGAGAGAUGAGUCCAUGGGGGAAGGUGCCGGCCAUUUUGUUGUCUCACAAAUACUUUCUCAGGUUAGAGAUUCCGAAAAAAAAGCUUGGUGCUAUUUUCCUUCCUCUUUAACAAAUGAUUUAGUCACUAAAGACAAAACCUGUAAAGUAUUGUUUUUUUUCUCUUAUUUGUUUGUUACGUUUUUCUUUUAACAGUAUGCAAAGAUACAUAUAUAUACACAUAUGAUAUGCCUCUUUAUGGUAAACAACAAUUGAGAGAAUAUACUUAGGACCUUUUGUAAUUCAAAUUGAACUUUAAUCUGAGGUGCUUUUCUAUAGUUUUAUAAUUGUGUAUUUUCUUCUCCCUUUUUUGAUAAAAAAAAUCUUUGCGUAUGAAGAUAAUGUGAAUCCCUACACGACAAAAAAAAACUUUGUAAUUAAACAAAAAUGUCUACUGAAUAUAAUUGCCUCUCUCCACAAUGGACAGCUUGUUGGUUCACAUACAUCUGGGAUUUCUGUAUCUGCCGGCCUGUCCCUGAACUUGACUGAGGUUUUGCCAUUUGGCAGUGCCCCCUUCCACCACCUCAUCCACAUAAGCUUCAUGCAAUGUUACUGUGCUAACCUUUUACCAUGCGACUUUCAAAAAUCUGUUGAAGAUACCAACAAUAAUAUGUUUAACCAUGAUAUUUUUGUGUACCUUUCCGAAAGUCGUUUUUUCUACUUUUUCCUUCACAAUUUCCUGAUAAUGUAAAACUUAUAAUUGAUAAUAGCGUGUGUGUACUUUUUUUAUCCAAGGAAAUAUUUAAAUGUUGUAACAGAAGUCAGGACCUCAACUUAAUUACUACCCUGCCGGUUUUAGUCUGUAAUCACGGCCUUGUGUUUUGUUGCCUUUUUAGACCACAAUCGAUGCGUAAAUAACAAACUGAAGGACUGUUGCUGAAAACGAUUGUUACCAUUUCCUAUGCUCAUGUUAACCGGCAGUCCUCCUCAGUAUUUGUGCGGAGGCCAUUUUAUGCAUUCCUUUGUCAAGCACUCAUUCAUGACACCGCACUCGUCUCUGUUCCAAUUGUUUGCUUUCUGUGCUGUUACGGCUGGGUUUAUUGUUGUAUUUUUGUACGCUUGUGCGCGAGCAAUUCCUGAUUUCUGACGGGUGCCAAGCAAAGAAAACACAUCUUUCGAAAUCUUUCGCCCAGUGUUGACUUCUUAUACUUUUUUCGAGCCGGAGAAUAAACCAAAGAGGGCUGACGUCAGUUAGGCCAAACUCGCGUGAAGCGCAGGACUAUUUAGCCCUCUGACCCCAAUUCCACAAUAAUGGAAGCCAUAUGAGCAGGCGAAAAGAAAAGGGUUGGCAUGGCUGAGGCUGGGGGGGGGGGGGGCGUGUCAAUCGAAACAGCAGCCUCAGCAGCAUUUAUAUUUUCUGUGACCCGAUUGAGAUUUGACUUUUUUGUUUGUCCUUUCUUACCUCCGUCAACGCAAGCCGCUCACACACCACUGCUCCGCGUCACCCGAGACACUGCGUUGACCUUGCGCUUUCCAUCGCCUUUUGCUCGCUCACUGUAAAGUAUAACACCCCUCUCAGAGGGCAAGUGGUACGCCAGGGGAUCAGUAUGUGAGGAAUGGAGUGAGGCCAUGCUGGAGAGGUGCUGUCGGACUCUGCAUUGAAGUGUUCCUCUCUCUCUCUCUCUCUCUCUCUCUCUCUCUCUCUCUCUCUCUCUCUCUCUCUCUCUCUCUCUCUCUCUCUCUCUCUCUCUCUCUCUCUCUCUCUCUCUCUCUCUCUCUCUCUCUCUCUCUCUCUCUCUCUCUGUGUUUGUGUUUAAUGAGUGUGGGUGUGUGUGUACGUGCGAGCAUGUGUGUUUGUUUAUGGGUGUGCGCAUACGGACAAAAACACUCCCAAGGUUUGCUUGGCCACAGCGCUGGGACCUCUUUUCCUUUGCCUCAUCGUUCGUCAUGUCUUCAAUUUUUCAAAACGUCAUUCCUUCUAAUUUUGCAGUGUGACUUCCCCCCCCCCCCCGUCUAUGCUCUCAUCUGUUUCUCAUUGACUGCUCUCCAUCUCUUGUGUUUCUGUUUUUUGUUUCCCAACCCAUCGCCAAACUACAGUAACACAACCAUGAAUCAAUGGCGUGCACUGCUCUCCCCGUGACGGAGAACGUGUUUCCUACACUGUCCCCCUAGACGUGGCUCCUGUAGAUAUAGUUCCUAUCUGACAUUUGUAUUGUACGUUGGCCAAAGAAUUGUUUGCACUGUAAUGUAUGCCUCUCAAUAAUAAUAAUAAUAAGAUUAAUAAACAGACAAAAAGGA